UCGAGCUUUGCGCAAGGCUCGCGCGCUGCGGACUGGUUACUGCUGAAACGUCGCGCGUCUCCCUGAGAAAACACGACCACUAUCCAUGCAAAGCCUGGCGCCUAGUUCUCGCGUUUUUUGCUGUCCAAAAAGCAAAACUCCUAUCUCCAUAGAGUGGUGACUAGCUUACCAGCCAUCUUGUCCCACUCAUAUUUUUGACCUAAUCCCGUUCAGCCAUGCCUAAGAGCAGUAAAGUGACACAAAGUGAGCACAGCAAUGAGCCUGUUACCGAAUCUGUGGCUGACCUGCUGGCCCUGGAGGCCCCUAUGGACUACAAGAGUAGCCAGAUGAGCAUGAACAUGACCGGAGGAGGCGCAGCACCAAAGCCUGACAUCUCUCCAGACCUCGAAGAUGGACGACCAGCCUGGAACAGCAAAGUGGAGUACAUUCUGGCCCAGGUGGGCUUCUCAGUGGGGCUGGGCAAUGUCUGGCGCUUUCCAUAUUUGUGCCAGAAGAACGGAGGAGGUGCUUACCUUGUUCCAUACUUCAUCCUCCUCAUCCUUAUUGGCAUCCCACUUUUCUUCUUGGAACUGGCAGUGGGUCAAAGAAUCCGCAGAGGAAGCAUUGGUGUCUGGAACUAUGUUUGCCCUCGACUGGGUGGCGUUGGUGUGUCCAGCCUAAUGGUGAGUGGCUUUGUGGGUCUAUACUACAAUGUGAUCAUUGGCUGGAGCAUAUUCUAUUUCUUCCAGUCAUUCCAGUUUCCUUUGCCCUGGGCUGAGUGUCCCAUCCGGAAAAAUGGAACCCAAGCCAUUGUAGUGCCAGAGUGUGAAAAAAGCUCCGCCACCACAUACUUUUGGUAUCGUGAGACACUAAACAUAACCAGCACUAUUGCAGACAGUGGAGGGCUAAAUUGGAAGAUGGUUCUGUCUCUGCUGGCUGCAUGGAUCAUUGUCUUCUUAGCCGUCAUUAAGGGCAUCCAGUCCUCUGGGAAGGUGAUGUACUUCAGCUCUCUGUUCCCGUACGUGGUGCUCUUCUGCUUCUUGGUGCGUGGAUUGUUUCUUAAGGGGGCUGUCGACGGCAUUGCUCACAUGUUCACACCAAAGCUAGAGAUCAUGCUGGAGCCUCAGGUAUGGCGUGAAGCUGCAACGCAGGUCUUCUUCGCUUUGGGUCUGGGUUUCGGUGGAGUCAUUGCUUUUUCCAGCUACAACAAGAGGGACAACAACUGCCAUUUUGAUGCUGUCCUAGUGUCGGUUAUCAAUUUCCUCACCUCCAUUCUGGCCACAUUGGUGGUAUUUGCUGUGCUUGGUUUCAAAGCCAACAUCAUGAAUGAAAAAUGUGUGGUGGAGAAUGCGGAAAAAAUUGUGGGAUACCUGAACUCCAAUAUUCUGAGUCACGAUCUGAUUCCCCCUCAUGUUAAUUUCUCCCACCUCACCACAUCAGACUAUGCUGAGAUGUAUGAAGUAAUUAAAAUUGUGAAGGAGGACAGCUUCGCUCAGCUGGGCCUGGAGCAGUGUCUACUGGAGGAUGAACUCAAUAAAGCUGUUCAAGGCACUGGUUUGGCCUUCAUAGCUUUUACAGAGGCCAUGACACACUUUCCAGCAUCUCCUUUUUGGUCAGUGAUGUUCUUUUUCAUGCUGGUCAAUCUGGGUUUGGGAAGCAUGAUUGGCACCAUGACUGGCAUCACCACUCCCAUCCUUGAUGCCUUCAAAAUACGCAAGGAGAUCCUGACUGUGGGUUGCUGUAUUGUUGCAUUUUUUUGUGGCCUUUUAUUCGUCCAACGAUCCGGAAAUUAUUUUGUCACGAUGUUCGAUGACUACUCUGCUGGUCUUCCUCUUACAAUCGUAGUCAUCUUGGAAAAUAUAUCUGUGGCCUGGAUUUAUGGCACCAAAAGGUUCAUGCAGGAUCUAGAAGAUAUGCUGGGUUUCAAACCAUACAGAUUGUACUUUUAUCUGUGGAAGUAUGUUUCUCCAUCCUGCCUCCUCGUUCUUAUUACUUCUAGUGUAAUCGAAAUGGCUAUCAAAUCACCUGGAUACAAUGCAUGGGUUGAGGACCUGGCGGAAGAGCGCUUCCAAAGCUACCCUCCAUGGGCUCUGACCAUGUGUUUUGCUCUAAUAAUUGUAGCCAUGCUUCCUCUGCCACUGGUCUUCAUUGCACGUCACUUUAACUGGCUUCCUGAUGGCUCCAAUAAACUGUCUGUCUCCUACCGCAAGAGCCUGACGAAGGAUACCUCUAACCUAGAGGAUGAGACACGUUUCAUCCUGGGCAAAAAUACCAGCGAGACACCCUCUCCCAUGCCUAGCCACCGGGCAUACCUUGGCCCAGGCAGCACAUCACCUGUGGAGCUCAUUACUAACUCCACAUCUAUUAGCGGCUAUGGCAGCAGUUACCAGACCAACCCUGUGGCACCCAAGUCUGAGUCCUGAGCUCCUCCUUGAUUUCGAAGGCAUCACCCACCAAAGACUGGAAAAGGACACGAGAAGCCACAGCAUUAUUGUAAUUUAUUCGAAGCCAUACAGGUAGAUUGGGAUGAUGUGAGGGAUGAUGUGUGUGUUUGUGUCUGCGUAGGGGGGUGAUCAAUUAAUAAUGGAGGCCCGAAAAAAGAAAGAAAGAAAAUAGCCACCGAAGGACAUUCUCUAUAUCAAGCCCUAAUUAGCAAGUUGCAAGUAGUACCUCUCUUUCCUACCUACACAUUUGGACCAAAGGCAUUUUUCAGAAUAGGUCCUACACAGAAAUAACUGAAUCAUCAACAUAAAACUGCGAGAUUUAUAUAAUCUUCUGGUAACUGAUUCACCGAAUAUACCCUAUUAAAUUUUACAGAUACUACAGAUAUAGAUAAGCAUGAAUGUAGAUAAAAAAAGUAGCAAUGACAAAAUCGGUAAUGAUUACAGUGGGGGGAUAAAGCUUAAAGGCUUCUCAGUAUGUUUCUUUCUUUUUAACUAUUGUCAAUGUCUGGGUUGAGGUAUGAAAGCUGUGAAGAAGGGAUUUCCUUAUAAUAAUAAUACUUGUAAUAAUAUAAUAAUGGCUAAAAGCUAAAAUUAUUCAAGACCCAAAUUUCACGAAAAGGGGGGGGUGGGGGGGUUAAAUUUUCACACCCGGUUUGUGUGCAUGGAGUUUUCGUGUUUUCCCUGUGCUUGGUGGGUUUGCUCCGGGUAGUCCAGUUUCCUCCCAUAGUACAAAGACAUGCAGAUUAGGCUUAGUGGUGUUUCCAAAGUGCCCGUAAUGUGUGAGUAUAUGUGCUUGUGUGCCCUGUGAUGGAUUGACACCCCAUCGAGGGUGUACCCUGCCCCGUUCCCUGGAAUAGGCUCCAGGCCUCGCACAAUGCUGUACAAGUUAAGUGGUAUAGAGUAAAGUAUGAGUGAGUUGCAAAAGAUUUGAUUAGAGAACCCCAAGAUGAAAAGAUUUAAAUAAUAUCAUUAAGCUACUUUUCAUAAUGUGAAGAAAAUAAUAUCUCUCUUUCUCUGGCAAUCAUUUGUGGCAUCUACAGUAUAAAGCCAUGUAGGUGGAAGAAGGUGCUUCCCUCUGAGAGUUGUCAGUUGUCAGCAGUCUGUAAUGUAAGCACUAGUUUGAAAAAUGUAGUUUCUGUUUUCUUAUUUCUCAGUAGAAGCAUGCCCUAGCCCUCACCAUCCCUGCUCAGUAGUGGUCAUGUCACCAGGCUUGUAGGUGGAAAUUAACACACAGUCAGACUGGAGGAAAAUAGAGUAAAAAUCCAAUUAUAUAUUUUGGUGGUUUAAAUUAAAUCCCUUUUAUCAUUACUAUUUUUAAAGACUGGUUCACUCCAGUACAAACUCUCAGUGGUACACUAGCAUAGUGUGGACAUAAAUUUGACUGCGGGAUGCGCAUAAAACCAUGGCAGUAGUACAACCGAAAGAAAUAUACUGUAUAGAUAAUGUGGAUGUAACCUUUAGUAUUUGCUGUAACUUUUGUCUUGUGGAAGUGUUGUUGCCCAUAGGUUAUUAGGCCCAGCACAAUAUAUCAUAAUCUCAUAAAGUACUGACCAAAUGUUUCCACUCGGGGGCACUAUAUGCACAAAAACCCCCACAAUACAUCUAGUUUUAAUGCAGUAUCUCACACACAUACAUACAUACACACACACACACACACACAUACACACAGUAUCAAUGACAGCAUGCCUUUUGUGGCUAUAGACUACUUUGCCACACUUAGUUUUAUUAAUCUGAUGACUGCCAUAUGUGCAAUAAGUGAUCAGCACAAAAAAAGCACAUUGUUGGGUUGCAAUAAUGCUUAAAAUAAAUAAAUUAAUAAAUAAAGGUAGCCUUCAUUAAGCACAGCAAUUUUUAAGUACAUAAUAGAUUAACAGUAUAUAUUAGUAUGAAUACAGCAGACGACAAAAAAUGCACAGAAUACAAAAAUAUUAACAGUUAUAUUGUUCUUCAGUACACUUUGAUAGAAUUUUAUACCUGUUCUAUGUAUGUCCAGGCCCAGUUUCCCAAAAGCACUACAGCACAAGAGUCAUUGUUAAAUGGAAGACUUAAAGUCUGGCUCUCCUUCUACCAGUUAACAUGACUUUAAUUUAAACUCGGGAAACUAGACAACAGUCAGUGUGCAUCUGUGAAGAUUUUCAGUCAUCCAGGUGAGAUUAUUUAAAAGCCGAGUCAUGUCAACUGGAUUUCCUAAAAAGAAGUCAACUUCCAGAUACCAGUCAGUCUGAAUCUUUUCAAAAGAAAAAAAAUUCAAACAGUUAAUAGCCUUUUUCUUUACAAAGAAGUUUAUUUAGUUUUUUUGCUUUCCGAGAGGAGUGGAUGUAAUUAUUUAAAAUUGCUUCUGCUUCUGCAAAACCCACAACUGAUCGAUAAAUCGAUAAAUGUUUUAUAUCAAAGGCUGUAAAUAUUAUGUACGCCAAAAUUACGUUAUAGAAUAAUAAUUAUUUUAGACAACUUGCACUGUAUUUUAACAGGUACUGCCUAAGCAGUCUGCACUCAUCCACAAUGAGUCACGAAUGGACAAAGGGAGUUGAAUUGGCUUUUGGAAAACCAAACAUGCUACAGAGAUUUUGAAAAUGGUUUAUAUAUUGUAUAAUGCAUUUAUGCACAAAAAUAAAUGACAGAUUUAGGUUGUAUAUAAAGGACAUGAGCUUCUUUGGGAAGGUCAUAGUCUGUUAUUGCUCUGGUCUUCACUCUAUCUCCCGAGAACUGCACCUGACAUUAUACACCGAUUCUGCAUCUUGACAAAUGAUGCAGCCGAGCAUUUGAGCACUUGUGUUUCUCCUGAAACAGCCAUGUUGACUCGUGGUAUAAAAAUAGACCUGAGCAGCACGCUUCACAGUGGUGUUUCCCCGGGGAGCCCGUGUCCCAGACAGCAUGCUAAUGCACUCUCAUCGGAUGAGGUGGAGGGUUGAAGGCCCACAAUUCCCAGCAUGAACAUGCUGUUCCUACACAAGUUUCACUGAACCCCUGGCAACAAACCCUUGCAUCAACAGGGAAACAGAGAAGCAGAAGGCUUCCAUAGUCCUUCAGCUCGUCGAUGAGAGAAAUAGUUAAUGAAAUGUAAUCUACUAGGAUUACUUUACAUUCCUUUUGUUACAAUUAUGACAUUUUUAAGUAUGGCACUACUGUAAAGCUUACUUUAUAAUUCUGGCUGUGUACCCAGUUGACUGGAUGAACUUUUCCUUAACUAAAUAUUGAUAAUACUUCAAAGAAGUUAACAGUUUGUGCAGUUAGGUCCUGCAGCUUGGUCCAUGUGCAAUAGCACAUUUUUACCACAAUGUGUCCUCAGUAACUAAUGAAAGGCAGUUUGAAGGUGUGUCUCUGUGUCUCUGCAUCUGUCUCCUUUUUUCACCUCCAUAGCAUCCCAGAAAUCCCCCCGCCCCCCUCAUCUACAGCGCCUGCUAAGCACAGCUGCGAGACAGUGCCUAAGAUUAUUCCCGUAACACUCUCCUGAUCUUUAGGUUGCUUAUGCACAUUUUGCUGGCUUUUUUGAGAUCAGUGCACUUUAUUUCUCAUAUAGAUAUGACCCUAAACUUGAAUUGUCUCGGAAUAACCAGACAACAACACACAGGAGUAUAGCCUGGACCAAGACUUAUAUGAAGGUGAAGGCUCCUUAUUUAUAUUUCCAUCAAAUUUGUCAUCAAAUAUUUGCAAUUCUGUGACAAAUGAGAGCUACACAAAUAGAUAGGACAAAGACUGGAAAUCACACACACACGCACACACACAAAGCUGGAAAGAAAAGGCACAUUUUACAUGUACCAAGCACAUAAAUUAUUUAUUUCAGUGACACUGUUACACAUUUUCCAGUAGUACAUUAUAUAAUCUACAAGACAGCUUAACAUUCAGGGUUAUUAUUUCUUAGGACAAUCUAGAAUUGCACAAAUACAGCUGUAUAUUUUUUCAGUUGGACUUUCCUGAACCCAUCAAAGUGACUACAACUCUGGGGCCUCUGGCCAGUUCCAUUAUAUCUCAGCAGUAGGACAGGCGAGUCCUAUUGUAGCUAUUUUCAUAGAAGGCAUUUUUAUUUAAGUGAUGUAAUUUUGAAGUGGUGCUGGAGGCCAUGGUAUUUGUGAGCAAGCUAUUAUUAUGUAUAUGUAUGUAAAUUGUGAUGUCAAUAUAUUAACUGUAAAUAUCAGUGUAUAUUUUGUUAAUUUACUGUGAAGAAUAUAUCAUACCACUAUACAAAAAAGUGUAUUCAUGUAAUAUUGAGUAUCUAUGAUGUACAUUGUAAACUUAGAAUAUCUAUUUUGUACGUGUCUGUAUGUGUGUAUGUAUUGUGUGUAAUGACUGUGUCUGAUGUGUCAAUAUGUAUGUUGAAAAAGGCAGGGUUUUUUUUUUAAGUAGCUUUCACUGGUUCUUCCCUGUGAAAGAACCUCAGGACCAUGUUAUCUUACAUUCUCUGGACUGCUCUGUGUUACAAACAACGUUCAUUCAAAAACAGUUUUAUUGGUAAUGUUUGUUCAGUUAUUGAUGUUGAUAUGUUUGACGUAUGAUUUAGGGUCAUUUAAAAAUUCUGCUGUCUAUUCUGUGUGCUCUUUUUAAUAUUAUAAUUUGCUGCUGACAUUUUGUGGAAAAAGUCAAAACCUCUUGCACUUAGCUUCUUUGACAACAUUCUAUGUUGUUCAAUUUUAUUGAAAAAUGAUUAUAGGCAUUUAGCUAAACCGACACAGUUUAUGUGUAGAAUUAUAAGAAAGAAAUGAGAACAAUAUGUAAGCACACUCUGGAAGUGUGUUUUUUAUCAUUCGGAAUAUUUAUUGUAAAUGUAAAUGUAUUUGGUCAUGUCAAGUACUGCAAUAUUAUUUUUAAAAAAUGAUUUACAGUAGAUCGCAAUCAUGCCUUUCCAUGGGUUGUUUUUGUUUUUGAUCUUAAAAUGAUGAAGUCUCUAUGUUUGUGCUGUACUAGUUUUAGGUGCAAUAAGCAAUAUUUCUGCAGACACUUACGCAAAUGUGGACCAUAGAUAGAUGUGGGGGGUAAUAUCACAGUCAUGAAGAUGCAGGAACAAGCACUGCCUGUGCUGUCGAUGGCGAAGCUGUAUUCACCAAACGGCCAUAAUGCAGUACAUUAGGCGCUUUCCCUUGAUAUGACCCCACAUCACACCAUACCCUGUUUAUUAGGGUGAAAAGAACAUUAUACUAGGGACACUCUUAGCUGUACCACGGACUCUUCUGAUGUUAGUGUCAUUGAUAUUGUACAGUAUUUCUGAUACACUUGGAAAGAAAAUAAACUAUAACUAAUGUAUACGUCCAUCACAAAAUCAUCAAUAAAGAGUUUAUUCUCA